ACACUAUUUGCUGCGACUACGCACGCAAGCCGCUCGAUGUGAGUUCAAUGAACGAGAGGACAAAGAAAUUCUGCAGCAAAUCUCAAUGGCAGCCAAGGACGAGAAAGUGCGAGACAAAGGAUUGGAGAACAUCAUGGACCUGGACGCAAUGACGAAUUACGCGAACAAUCGUGAGAUUCUUAUCAAGCAAAAGGAGAAAACAAAGCCAUUUGUGGCAGAGGAGGUGCUCGCUACGUCAAAACAUCGUGGAAGUGGUUGGUCUGCUGGACCCAGUCGCUCUCGUGGUGAUUCAAAGCCAAGAGGACGGUUUGGAACGGGUCGACCUCGCGUUGUGUGCACCCGGUGCGGUUCCUGGAACCACGACAGCAACUCGAACAGCUGCACAGCACGUGGUUUGCGUUGUCGUCAGUGCGGGAAAAUCGGGCACUACGCUCGAAAGUGUCCCGGUCGUGGACAGAACGAAUGGAGGCGUCCGGAAAACGAUGCCAAUGCUUUGGACGAGGCAGAAGCUUGGAAGGAGGAGGUCCCGCGGCGCCCGAAACCCGAGGAUAUCUCUAAGGUCGAUGAUUCUGGCAGCAAUGGAAGUGAUGGGCACAUCUUCUGCAUGAUCGAUUCCUAUCCAGUGGAAUUUCUAAUCGAUUCCGGUUCGUCAAUCAACACGAUCACAGAGGAUGUGAUAAACUGACUGAAGCCAAGGUUAAGCUGUACAAUGAGAGGUCACACUGUAGCCGGAGCUUCACGGCAUACGCAAGCCCGGACUCGUUGUGCGUGCUGACAAUGUUCGAAGCUCACGUGUCAGUCAACCCAUGGAAGCCACACACUUAUGCAAAGUUUUUCGUCAUUAAGGGAGCCACGAAAUGCCUUCUGAGUAAACGAACAUCCGAGGAACUCCAUGUGCUCAAGGUUGGAAUCAGUGUUGAUAACAUUACCGCGAAGGUUGAACCGUUUCCGAAGUUCCCUAACGUUCAAGUCAAGUUGUCCAUUGACAAAAGCGUUCCUCCCAGACUGAUCUCGUACCUCCGUGUGCCGGUGGCUAUGGAAGAGAAGGUGGACGCUAAGAUCAUGGAAAUGCUGCAAACCGACAUUAUCGAAAAAGUUGAAGGCCCGCCUGUAU